GAGCGCCGUUUGGCUCGGCAACAGCGUCGUCGUCGUCCAUUUUUCAACUAACCCUUCUACUCCGACGGACCAUCGAUUGGUCAGCGGAGUAGACUGGCCGGACCUUGAUUUCUUUUGCGGUGUAGUGCGUGUGUGACAUUUCUUUAAAACGUCAGUAGUCAUUCUAAAUUUAAAUUUUGAUUGUGUUUUUAUUUGCGAGCUUCCACACAGAGAGACUAUUUUUGUGUAAUAAUAUAAUUCGCGUUAAUAAGGUAGUUUAUUAUUUUUGUUUUAUUUUAAUUAUUUAAAACGUAUAAGAGUAACUACUGUAAAUAAAACGAAGUAAAAAGGUUUGUGAGAUUUUUUAGAUUUUUUCUUCGUCUGUGUAUUAAAGAAAAUAAUUCUUAUUUUCUUGGUGUAAUUUUUACCUAAAACAACAUUUGAAAAUAGUUAUAUUUAAGUUUUCAGACCUCAAAAACUACACUAAAAGGUCCAUCAUGAAUUUGAUGUUCAGGAAGAAUUUCAGGGAACAAAAAACAGGUGUGAUCAGUGGCAAAGGUUCUAAAGGUACCGUGGGUAGACAUGCUAGCAAACGGUGUACCAGGGACCAAGGUUAUACUCCCAUCGAGGAACACCAUUAUAGAACUCAUUUAUUCUUCAGUCCACCAAGGUGUAGCUAUAGCCAGGAGGAUUCUGAUGGAUCUUUAAGCUCUCCAGAACCUCGUUGUGGUCCGAUGACAGGGGCGGGAGGGGAGCCUCCUCCCCUAGCAACUACCAUAUCCCCUGCGAUAACAGAGUCCGAUCUACCCCAACCGCUGGUAGUGCGCAGUCCUUCUGUCAGUCUGAAGUGGCCCCCCAAUAAAACUACACCAAGCAGACAGGUGAGUUUCAAUAACGGAAACUCCGAAGUAUCCAGAUCCUUGUCUGGCCUGGAAAAAGACUGUUUCAUUAUACCUGUGCACAGUUUGGAUAGAUUUUUGCCCGCUGGAGUACCUAUACCGAGACCACCUUCGAAUAACAAUUCGCUGGACAGACGUUCCCAGAACAACCUGCAAGUGAUGGAAGUACCUGAUCCGAAACUAUGUGUCUUAUGUCACCUGAUGAGUCCCCUCGAGCCCAUCGACCCCGUCCUCGAGUCGCCUCUGGUCCAGCCUCUGUUCAAGCAACGGGUGACGGCCGGCGAAUUGGUCAACGAGGUAGCGAUGGCCAAAACGGCCGUCACUGGUAUGCUAUUGGCCAAUAUGGAGAGAAACGCUGAAUUUCCGUUUAUCAGUUAUUACGUAAUAAAUACGUCGCAAACCAAUCCAGUCAUGUUCUACAACAAUUUACGUACUGCCAGUUUAACUAAGUUUGAUCCUAGAGUCACCAGAUAUACCGCUGCGCACACUUUGGAUCUCUAUUCGGAAGUAGCGUCAAUUUGUAGACCGCCAAUAUAUGAAAUUGGUGUACCCAUUCCAAAAACCCAUACCAACAACACUGGAUAUCUCGUCUCAGUUUACAAAGUUUUCGAAGGAGACGACCGAGAAAAAUUUGAAAGAAACUGGCUAUAUUGGACAGGGGCAAGAAUGAUUUACCGCUAUUUGCCACAGCAAGCGGGUCUCAGAAAAAUAUCUCUGCACAAAUCUCUGAGUCCCAAGGGCGACAAAAUGUACAUCUUACUGUGCGAAUGCUCGAAUUUGUUACACGACAUCACCGUAUGUGCUUUACUGUUGCCAGCCCUGAGAGCAAGGCUCACGGGAUAUACUGGGCUUUUUAGACCUUUACAAGCUUUUUAACCACGCAUUUUUACCAAUAUCAGAUUAUACAAAUCUAUCCAUAUCAAACAAACAAAUAAAAUUAUAUUCAGAUAGAGUACAUUUUUCGUUGAGUCUGAUUUUAUUCGACAACACUAGCUGAACACAGUGUUGGCAUUUUAUAAUACUGUACAGGGUGCCCCAUUUUCUUGUGAGUUACAGGGUUUCUCGUUUAUGGCUAGAGAUACAGAGAUGCGGUUUUUGCAUUACUGUGCUACUCUUUUAUGAAACUAACACGUUACACGCAGAUUACACAUGUCAAAGCUUUCUUAGUUUCUGAAAUACAGGGCGAAUUUGAAAAUGCUGCAUUUUUUAUCUCCCUCGUAUCUCUGUUAUCCUGUAACUUAUAACGUAUGAUCGAAAAAAAAACGGCAUCAGUGAUGGCUAUGAAAUGAAGAUCGCUGUCAUUUUAUAUGUAAAUUUCUAUGGGAGAUGUCGUAGAUCGUCAUUUCCCAGCCAACUGGGCGCCGUUUUUUCCGAACAUACGUUAUAACUUACUGGCUUUAGUAGUUUUUCACGGUGAAUCCAGUCGCGUAACUAGUUUUUCGCUGAGAGCUGUCAUUUUCGAAAUAUGACUCAAACUUAUUGUUUUUUUUUAUGCCUAGAGAAGCUCAACAAAUUAGGCAAAGAAAAUAAAGUCCUCCUAC